AAAAAUUAGAAAAAAAGUUAAAUUUUUUUUUUAUAGAAUAUAUAACGAAACUGUUUUGCGAACGUCUUGGGAAAAUUAUUAUUAUUAAUGAUACUAAAGAGCUUUUCGCUUUUGAUAUAUCUAAUUUUAAUUAUACGAUUCUACAUAUAUGAGAAAUAAGCGCAGAUAUCUGAAAAUUCAUUAAUUAUUAAAUUCUAAUUAUCGUGGACUUUAGUUCGUCAAAAUCGAAUUUACUCUAUAUUAUUUCCAUUCUCUAGAAUCGUAGCCACAUUAAGAAAUCAUUUUUAUUCUGUUAAUUAAACUGAAACUCCUUAUAAUUUAAAUAUAAAGUUUCAAAAAUAAUAUUAAAAAAUAUAAUGGAAAUAGUAAAUAAAUAAAAUUAAUAAAUAAAAAUGAAAGUAAACAAAAAAACUAAUGUUUUGUUUCGAUUUUUAAAUAUUUAUGGAAGAUUAAGUUCAACUUGGCCACCGUCUCUUAACGAUAGGAGACAACAAAAAAUAAUCUAUGAAUUUUGUUGGUGGUUCACUUUAAUUAAUGUAAUUAGUCUAUUGAUACCAUUAAUAAUGGGAGUUUUUCAUUUUCGAAACAAUUUCGAUAUAUUGGCUCAAGCCGCUUCUGAAUUAACAGCACUUAUGGAAGUUUUCUUCAACAUGUUAAUAUGCAAAUUACAAGGCAAACGUUUACAAAAAAUUCUUCAUAAUAUCCAUAUCUUCAAAAAAGAAGCAAAUGAAUUGGAAAAAAAUAUUAUUGACAAAUAUACAGAAAGAUAUUUUAAUUUUCAUAUAUUUCUUGGCACAUCUUUCUUUUUAACUGGUAUCGCUUUUUCCUGUUGUCCAAUUGUAACAUCUGCAUUAUUGCCAGCCGAUGCUUGGUAUCCAUUUUCAUUAGAAUAUUUAUUAAUAAGAAUAAUUCUUUAUGCAACACAAGUGCUUGCAAUAGCACAAACUGCUCUAUGUGUUUGUGUAGAUUUUACAGUUGCAAUGAUUUUUUGGUACUUAUCAGUCCGUUUAGAACUUCUUCAACGGGAAUUCAAAAGUACUUCCACUAAUCUCGACUACAAACAUUGUAUCAUUAGGCAUCAAGAAUUAAUAGCAUUUUUCGACGAAGCUUCUAAACUUAUCCGAUUGUUAAUAAUUAAAAGUACUUUUACAAUGACUCUAACUAUAAUUUUUUCUGCCUUUGAAUUACUUGGUCAUAUAUCUCUGACUGUAAUAUCAAAAUCUAUAAUGAUGGUGGUUGGUGCAAGUUUAAGACUCUUCCUAACUUCAUGGGCUGCUGAUGAUUUAAAGGAUCAAAGUGAAAAAAUAGCUGACUCUAUAUAUGAAUCGUCCUGGAUUAAUAAAUCUUCUGAAAUACGAAAGUACCUGUCUAUUGUAAUUAUUCGAAGUCAAAAACCAUUUGUAAUAUCUGCUACAGGAAUAAUUGACACAUUUUCUUUGGAAUACUAUUCAUUUUUCCUCGCAACAUCAGCUAAUUAUUUUUUUAGAGCAAGAGCUGUUAUGUCUUAAAAUAAUAAUUAUAUGCCCUAAAAUUUAUUUCGUAUUAAAUUUAAUUAC